GGUUCUUGUUACAAAAUGGCGACUCAAUGUCAUUUACAAGUCGAGUCGAUAUUGUUUUGGGACAAAAAUGGAACUAGUUAUCAUAAAAAUGCGUAGACGUAGAAACUUCCAUAAAAUUAGUAUUUCUUGUAGCUGCCUGUUGUCUUGAAAGUUAACGAACUUUGAACAUGGCGGAGCUAUUUCGCUCCGCGUUUAACUACAUCAGUCAAACUGGGAAAUCGGGAAAUGACUUUGUCGGACAGUACGUGGAACUCGGGCCUGUGCAACUUCGAGUCCGGAAAGUUGUUGCAGAAGGUAAGACCGUCAUCGUUUUUAUUAGACAGUGUUUAUCCUUAACUCGCUCAGUUAAUAAAUUUAGUGCAGAAACUACAUCGUACCAGGAAGCCCAAAACAUGCCGGAAUUCGCGUGCAGUGAUGCUUGUUCAAAUAACAAUUUUUAAACGUGACUUACACUGUUUCUAGGAGGGUACGGGUUCGUUUUUGUCGCUCAAGACACAUCAACAGGAAAAGAAUAUGCUUUAAAGGUAGGUGUUUUUACCGACUGUUUUUGCUUAAAAGAACAUUAAUGCCUUCUGUUUGUUAUCAAAUAUAAGGAAACAGAGGAAACCUGAUCCUUUUACGUAACACCGUAGUGUUAUAAAUCAUGCAAAAGAUUGAUAGAUCACCAUGAGUUUGUAAAACAGGUUGAGUUACACGUCACUUGUUCAUUUGUUGUGAGUAAAAUCAUGAAAUCAACUGUUAUCAAAUAGAACAUUUGUGCAAUUCUGUGCAUUGCAGAAAAUUUCAGCAAUAUAUAUUAAUUCUAUUUUGUAACGGUGUAUUUUGAUUAUAAAACUAAUUUAAUUUACAGGUUUCCAUUAAAAUUAAUGUAGGUAUCUCACUGUUGUCAUAAUUAUAUAAACUGUAGACAGGUAUAAAAUUAACACAUUCAUAGCUUUUGUCACUAUGAGUAAAAAUAGUGUAGUACACAUAGUUUUUUUCUACUUGGCCAUUUGUCAUUUGUCAUUAAGUAUUUCUGACACCUUUUCAUUCCCCACAAGCAACUCUCAUCAGAAAGAAAGCUUUCUCUUGUUGCUGUUUUAUCAGCAAGAAAAUGAGUCCUGGCCAUUUUUUUGUUUUUGACACAUUGUAUUUUUUUCAGCGUCUCAUGGCUGGUGACGAAGCAGCAAAUAAAGCCAUUCUCAAUGAAAUAACAGUCCUUGUAUCCUUUUCAAUAUUUUUGUAACACUUUUUAGUUUGCAUAUGUACUAUUCUUUUCAUAAAUAAUCCAAAAUACAAUGCAACCCUGUCAUAAGACUAUGCUGUUGUUACAAACACUCUUUCUGGUCUGAACAAAAGUCCACUAGCAUCUUCUUGUUCUUCAGCCUCGUUAAUACAUUGUCUUCACUGUCUUUGAGAUACCGGUAUGUCCAGAAAUGCACACAUUGGCGAAAAUGGCAGAAAUGGUGAUUAAUCGCCAAACUGUUAACAAAAAUUCAAAUGAGAUGGCAAAGGGGCCCUUUGGAAAGUGGCAAUUUUGUCGAUGGCCAUUGCAUGCAUUUUUGGACAUAAGGGACAUAGGGGCAACAAAUGAGAAUUUGAAUUUUGAUCUUACAGUUUAAAGGUUUCAAGAAGAAAAAUGGAGGCUCUGCUUCUGGGUUGUCUGGUUGGAAGAUCAACAAUCAGACCCCGGUUGUUCAGACGAUGGAUAGCACUAUCCACCGCAUAAAUUGCUACUCAGCGGAUAAGUAUUGGGGAAAACAAUAGUGGUAGGGAUUUAUCCAGUGGAUAGAGCUAUCCACCUUUUGAACAACUGGCUCCAGAGUGAAAUUAUUUGCCAUCACAUAGUUUGGAAUGGUUUAUAACCAUUUUGUGAUGGAGUAAAGUACAGUCAAACCCUAAAUUAUUAAACUGCCACCUUGGAGGAAGGGACAGGUAGCUACUUAAAAAAGAUUAGCUGUUCAACAGAAGUGGUGUUCUCAGUGAUUUACAGACAAUUUAAUUGUUAUUAUCCCAUUACUCUGGUUAACAGGGUAACCAACAUUUUAUGGCUUAGCUAGUGGUGGUCAGGGUUGCACUGUGGUGAAUGAACUUGAUACACUGUAGAAUAAAAAAUGUUAGUCACCCUUAACAGCUUGCAGAAACGUCUUCGAGGACAUCCCAACAUAGUGCAGUUCUAUUCUGCUGCAUCUCUUAGUGAAAAAGAAACUGAGCAUGGCAUGUCUGAAUAUCUCAUCUUAACUGAGCUCUGCAGUGGUGAGUACUUUGCUCUUAUUGUUUCUAGGUACAUGUACAGGUAGCAAAACAUAACUAUAGUGGCAGCUAGUUUGAUCCCAGUAGUGAAGGCAUAAGUUAUAAAAUCGUUAUUAAAAUUUAAAUACACUGUACAUUUGAUGCGGGGCACAAAAAAGGACUGUCCAGUAGCCCGGGGUCUUAGUGGAGCAACCCAUUCAUAAGGAGUCAUCCAAUGGGUAAAGAACAUUAUGGCAAGGGGUUUGGUACAAUUAUUGUACAGUGUAGGACAGCAGCAUGACUGCUCUGGGCAAGUUAACUUCAGUGACAGCUUGCCCAAGCAAUUGAUUCUUUAAAUUUUCAUCACACCAGAAUGGGAAAUUUAUUAUAUGGAUUAUUGGGCUAAAUGCUGUGAUUUUUAGCAUGCAAUUCUUUUAGGCAAGGGGCCCAGGGGGUGGGGUUUGGGUUGGAGGAGUGGGUGGGCAGGAGAAGCAGGGGUGAGGGGAUGAGCUUUAGCCCCAACUAUGCAAUCCACUAGUGGAAAACUGGUUUCCUUGUCAUUUGCUUUUACUAAUUUCAAAAAAUUCAAUUACUCAUCAGGAGGAGAGUUGAUAAAACUGUUGCAGGAAAGAUAUGGCCAACCGUAUGCACCAGAUAAAGUACUGAAGAUGUUUUAUCAGACGUGUCGUGCAGUCGCUCACAUGCAUAAACAGACACCACCAGUUAUACACAGGGACUUGAAGGUGCAUAACUUCAUUAUACUGUACACUGUACAUUCUGUUGAGUCUACUAUUGUAGCGCUUUACUGCCAUUCUAUGCAGACACAACCAAUGGUGUUAUCUAAGACUUGACUCUAGGGUAAUACUAUAUUACCAUUACAUGCAUUUGUCCCCAAAUUCCUUGAGUAACACUUUCUUGUUUGUACUGAAAGAUGUUGAUAUUAUUUUCUGAUAUUGUCGUUACUGUGUUAUUCUACAGUGUUCUGAUUUGAUUGGUUUUCCUACCUCAAUCCUCAAAACUCAAUGUGGAGCUCAAAAGUCUUGGAAAACAACUUUUACACGUGUGCUUGAUUUUCCAGAUUGUUUAGAAUCAAGUAUUAUAAAUCUUCAGGCACAAGGAAUAAAGCAUUAGCUUUAGUUUUGAAAGGCAUUAAUUUAGUAAUUCUGUGUUCAUCAAAACUUGUUUUCAGGUUGAAAAUCUUCUCAUCAGUAGCAGAGGACAAAUUAAACUUUGUGACUUUGGUAGCUCCACUACAACACGGGUCACCCCAGAUGACUCUUGGACAGCACUGCAGCGAAGCCUUGCAGAAGAUGAGGUAAAAAAUAAGUAUGUUAGGGUUUUGUUUUAGUUUGUCUAAAGCAGAAAACAUGCACUCUAGUAACAGUGAUUGAGUUCUCACACUUUGUUUUGACUGUUUAGAUUCAGCGCAACACAACCCCCAUGUACCGAGCACCAGAGAUGAUAGACCUGUACAGUAACAUGCCUGUAACAGAAAAGGCUGAUAUCUGGGUGAGAUCUUAACUUUUGUCAUUAAGCCAGUUCUAAUAACUUCAUGAAGACUUGUACUCCAGAUGCAAUAACGAAGUUUAGCCAACAGUGCAUAAUUAAUUUAAAACAUGUCUUCUGGUCUUGUUUUCAAACUGUUUGAUGUGUGUUCUGAAAUGUUAUUGCUCAAUGGCAGAUUCAGAUCUUCAAGGAAGUAGGGUGUCUUCUUAUCUAGACCCCAACCCCGGCAUCACCCCCUCCCCUACACGAUGUAGAUCCCGAACUCUUAUGAGAGAUUUCUGUUUGACUUGUUACGCCUUGCUCAGGGGUGGAUCCAGGAACAUUUGAUUGGGGGGGUCCAAACUUUGGUUCAGAAAGGACUGUUGAACUUUUUUGUGGCAAAUUACUUCUAACAGAUACGACCACAUUUUGUGAUAUUUGAACCCCGGUCGUCAUUGGCAUUGGAAAUACUGCGUUAUGAGCAGAGGUGAACAGAUCAUACAAGGGUACCCAAAAACAAACUUACAUUUUUUAAUACCCCUGGAAUUUAGUAUAGUGGCAAAAUGCAAUGCGCAUUUCAUUAAAAAAAAUAAUCCAUUUGAGAAGUAAUACAGCAUCCUGUCAAUGUAAGAAUUUCAGUCUCAAACAAGCGACAGGUCUGAUGGGGGGGGGGGGGGUCCAGACCCUCCCCUGGUUCUGCCACUGUUACCAGGAUUCAAUAUGCACCUUUUAAUAGGCAAAGACCAAAGACUACUGCCACACUUCACCAAGAGUAACUAGAAAAGAGAAGAAAGGCAGAUGCUAAAUUUAGUUUUGCUCUUUUGUUCUUUCCAGGCCCUUGGUUGUGUUCUGUUUUAUCUUUGUUUUAUGGAGCACCCCUUUGAAGAUUCUGCAAAGCUUAGAAUACUUAAUGCCAAGUACACCAUCCCAGAAAGUGACACCAAGUAUACAGUGUUCCAUGACCUGAUCAGUAAGUAUACAUGAAUUAACUCAUCAACAUUUUCUGUAAAAAAAAGUUGAACCUCUCUACACCGGCCACCUUGGGCAAUUUGGACAGAGAAAAGUGGUCAUUGUAGAUAAGGUGGCCAUAUUUGUGGGAAGGUGGGGGUGUUAUGUAACAUCACUUUUGGGGUGAAAGUUAGAACAGCUGUCUUUUAUUUUUACAUAUUUUAAAAUACUUCAUACAAUCAAAAACACAUCUGUAAACAAAAAGUAAUCAUUCAAAACAGCAGUGUUAAUAAAACAGAUCAAACAAGUUACGGUGAGUACAUCUUGUUGUACAUGAUUUGUUCUGAAAUGGAGAU